UUUCGGAGGCUGAGUUAAUCGUGACCUCGCCGAUUCAUUCCGUUCAUGUGCCCCCGUUGAAGGCGAACCAGCAGAUCAAGCCGUCUCCGGCGAUCGCGUCGUGAUCCGUCUCCUCCAAUGGCCGCCACCUCGAGGUACUGGAUCGUCUCGCUUCCCGUCCACGCCUCCGCCACCACCGUCUGGAACCGCCUCCGCGAAUCCAUCUCCAAGCACUCCUUCGACACUCCGCUCUAUCGCUUCAACGUGCCGGAUUUGCGAGUCGGAACCCUAGAUUCGCUGCUCGCGCUCAGCGAUGACCUCGCGAAGUCGAAUGCAUUCAUCGAAGGGGUGACGCACAAAAUCCGUCGUCAGAUCGAGGAAUUAGAGAAGGUGUCUGGCGUCCAAGUUGGUUCUUUGACCGUGGACGGGGUUCCCGUCGAUUCAUAUCUUACGAGGUUUGUUUGGGAUGAAGGCAAGUAUCCCACAAUGUCACCUCUGAGGGAGAUCGUUGACAGCAUUCAUGUUCAAGUGGCUAAAAUUGAGGACGAUAUGAAGAUUCGUGUCGCAGAGUACAGCAAUAUCCGUAGUCAACUUAAUGCAAUAAACAGAAAGCAAAGUGGAAGCUUAGCAGUACGUGACCUUUCCAAUUUGGUAAAUCCAGAAGAUAUUGUCACAUCAGAACAUUUGGUGACACUUCUUGCUAUAGUUCCAAAAUAUUCUCAAAAGGAUUGGCUUUCAAGCUAUGAAACAUUAACUUCCUAUGUGGUUCCUAGGUCAACAAAAAAGUUGCACGAGGAUAAUGAGUAUGCUCUAUACACAGUGACCCUCUUUCAGAAGGUUGCUGAUAACUUCCGUAAUAAUGCACGUGAAAAAGGUUUUCAGAUUCGUGAAUUUGAGUAUAGUCCUGAAGCACAAGAUAGUAGAAAACAAGAACUUGAGAAACUUGUGCAAGAUCAGGACACCAAAAGGAGUUCACUUUUACAAUGGUGCUAUGCCAGUUAUGGAGAGGUUUUCAGUUCGUGGAUGCACUUUUGUGCUGUACGAUUGUUUGCUGAGAGCAUUCUCCGAUACGGUUUGCCGCCAUCGUUCUUGUCUGCAGUCUUAGCGCCUUCUGGGAAAAGUGAGAAGAAAGUUCGCAGCAUUCUGGAAGAACUAUGUGGGAAUGUUAAUAGUUCCUACUGGAAAUCCGAAGAUGAAGUCAGCGUUGCAGGACUUGGCGGUGAAGCAGAGGCUUUUCCCUACGUCUCCUUCACUCUAAACCUUGUGUGAUACUCGGAAAAAGUUGAAGCUGUGAGUUUGAUACUACUCAUAACAUAGUAAAUUUAUGCCAUUUACUAGGGCUGCAUCCCUCAUGUAUUAUAUGUUUGUGAUUUGCCUUUUCCAUAUCCCAUAUUUUCAUGUAUGUGAAAAUUUCAGAAUUUUGUUCUAAAUUUUCAUGCCCGUCAAUAAUGUAAUGUAAUCGUCGCGAGGUUGAUUCUUCGCUCGUGAGAUCAUGGAACCAUUCCAAUCAAAAUAAAUGCCCUUUUUUGAUUUGCUUAA